CAGCACUUUGGUUCAACCAGUUUGCACUGAGGAGGGAUUGUCACGGUGCACAGCUGUCUGAAUUCUUCAUAAUAAUGCACGCAGAACGUUUUUAGGAUUAAAUGCAUCUUGCUUUGAAGAAAAACGAGCCAAGAAUGUCAUGGUUGUAAAGUUAAUCAGCGCGUGGAUGUGGUUUUGUUUGUGUGUUGUUUUUUACACUAGGUGGCAGCUUCACACAAUGUAACGCGCUGUAAGAAAGAGCGGACCGUGGUUCUUAAUACACAGGGUAUUAAAUAGUUCUUUAAUACAUUCCAGUUUAGCUAAUUUAGUUUAGUUUUUGGUGUAAUGGUAAAACUAUGUUUAUUGCGUUGGGAGCAUGGUUUUACUAGUACGGAUUUACUACAAGAAUAAUUAAAAUCUACGCAUACUUAGCCAUUGUUAAUUUUUGCAAGGGAUACAUAAAUUAUGCCUGUAAACGCUGCAUGGUAUGAAACGCUCGAUUGCAUAAAAUGCCUUUAAUUAUUUUAUAAUUGCGCUUCACGAUCCCAGCCAUGCCGAAUGAUGUCAUAUGACGCAAUGAGAGGUGUGGAAAUGGGCGUGGUGAGUCAGUGACGUCUCAUCGGUGCCUAUAGUUGACACACAGGCCCUUGGAUUUUCUGUACGGUUGGCAUUGUUUGGUACUUCUCUCUCUCUCUUUUAAGGUUACCUUUGAAAAAGUAUGCAAAGUCAUAGUAACACUGGUCUAUUAGAUAACAAUAUGUUCAAAUUAUGGUAUAGUAAGACAAUGGUAUUGAUAUACAAAUAAAACCAAUAUAAAAUGUCUGCUAUAGUUAAACCUCAGAUAAUUCGUACAGAAUAUGCUAGAUACUUGACUUUGAUUCGCUGCUUUCCUCGUUAUAAAACCUUCACUACGAGCAUUACUGUGUAGAUUUCUGUAUUAUAUAAUUGUGAUUAUGUCGGGGUAGGAGAGAUGCGCGUAAAUUCCUGCGCGCGUGUAUAAACCUACCAGAGCAGGAUGACUAUGACACCACACAGGAAAAAGGUUAACAAAUCAAAUCGCUUUUCUGGGUUUUUUUCUCGUUCAUUGCAAAUCUUCCACAGUGUCUAGCUUUGGUUUGUUUGAGAUCUGCGUGCGUUUUCACGAAGCGCAAACGCGCACCUCUCCACCUGCAUCCCGGGCGCGUUAAGACAGCUGGCUUAUCUUUUAUUGACAUUUUAUGCAUCGGAGGGAAACUUCAAUCUGUGUUCCGCCCGUGUUCGUUUCACGCCCCACUUGUCACCGACAUAUAGCGUCAGUAAAUCUAGAAAGGGACGAACAGGGCGGGUUUUUAAAGCCUGACGCGUGAAGCGCAACAUCUGGAGAUCAACAGCAGCAGUCAUGGGCAACAGUGUGUCCGGUCUCACAGCACUACAUAGAGGACAGCACAACAGAUUUCAAAGACUUCCAAACUCGUACAAAGACUCUUUCGGAGGACCGUUCCCCUCAACUAUUCACAGGUGUCACCACAAACCCAAGCGCUGUCUGAACCUGCAUCCAUGCGGAGGUGUACCCGUGAGCCCCCUCCUGUUCCACCGUAAUGCCAAAGGCUCUCAGAUCGUCAUGGAUCUGACACAGAAGAGCGUCAAACGCCAGGCCAGCUUCUGCAACGCCAUCACAUUCAGCAAUCGACCAAUAUCUCAGUAUGAGCAGGUCCGCUUAAAGAUCACUAAAAAACAAUGCUGUUGGAGUGGAGCUCUCCGCCUUGGAUUCACUUCUAAAGACCCGUCUCGAAUCAACCCCGACAGCCUGCCCAAAUACGCCUGCCCCGACCUGGUAUCUCAGAGCGGCUUCUGGGCCAAGGCCCUGCCUGAAGAGUUUGCAAACGAAGGAAACCUCAUUUCCUUCUGGGUGGAUAAGAAGGGGAGAGUGUUUUAUCGCAUCAACGACUCCAGCCCCAUGCUGUUCUUCAGUGGCGUCAGGACCACAGAGCCGCUGUGGGCUCUCAUCGACGUGUACGGUCUGACACGAGGAGUACAACUACUGGAGAGUGAAAUCGUCCCUCCAGACUUUCUCCGCCCGCGAUCCUUCACCACAGUACGCGGCUCCGCCACUUUACGUCGCGAAGGCGACACCUCCCGUCUGUCCGUCAGCCUGUGCGAUCUUAACUCGCAGCAAGAAGACACGAGGCUCCGCCUCCCACCUGCUCCCGUUGCUUGCCCCAUUCCUCAAAACUCCAUGAAUUCCCAGCAGUCAACGCUUCUUCCUCACACCCUGGAAUGUGACUUACGUUUCCACCAGCUCCGAGGUGCCCACAUAAAGACCCUUAACGAACAGACCGUGGCGAGAUCCGAACACGGCCGUGAGGAGCGCACGCUGGUAUUCACCGACCGGCCGCUCAAAAUCGGUGAAACCAUAUUCAUCAAAGUCAUUAAGUCCAGUCAAGCGCGAUCCGGAUCAUUGUCGUAUGGUGUGACGUCGUGCGAUCCGGCUGUGCUCCGCCCAAGCGAUCUACCUUACAAUCCAGAAGCACUGGUUGAUCGCAAGGAAUUCUGGGCCGUGUGCAGGGUGCCCACCACUCUGCAGAGCGGCGAUAUACUGGGCUUCCUGGUUACACAGGAAGGGGAAGUGAUUCUGAGUCAUAACGGUACUAAUGUGGGAAUGCAGGUGUGUGUGGACAACUCACGACCACUUUGGAUGUUCUUCGGACUUCACGGUGCUGUCACACAGCUGAGGAUUCUGGGUUCUACUUUCUUGGGUGAUGCUCGUGACCCGGCCAGCCCUGGCUCGCCCUCUGCUUCGCCCCUCUCGCCUUCAAAUUUGUGUGGUGGAAGUCCAGAGCCCGGCAUCACUGAACGGGGAUGCUCUACAUCUUUCUGCAGCUCAACUGAAGGAACAACACCCAACUCGCCCAUCAGCCUCCCUAAAUCACCCACUUUCCCAUCCGCCUCUGGCUCGUGGCCGGACGAGUGUUCUAUCUGCUACGAAAACACAGUGGACACGGUCAUCUAUGCCUGCGGACACAUGUGUCUCUGCUACACAUGCGGCCUCCGCCUCAAAAAGAUGGCCAACGCCAGCUGUCCUAUCUGCAGGAGAGCCAUAAAAGACAUUAUAAAGACCUAUCGGAGCACUUAGGGCCCCCACCUCGACCAAUCCGAGUUUCACAGGGGCCACGGAUAGAUCUGUGUUUAAAGAGAAGGUGACAUCGCAUUUCAGGGACAUUUCUCUGACUUGGUUCUCUGUUGCCAUGGCAAUGACUUUCGAACCCUUGAACUUCCAAUGCUCAAGCGAACGUUCACAGGGGUCUUUUCUAACUUACGAUGUCUGUUGCUUUGGUAACCGCCAAUGUUGCUCUUUAAUGGAUAUCUUGAGCAGUUCAGGAUAUUUCAGGUGACACGCGGGAGACCCGUUUAUUUCUGUGAGCCAUAAGAGACUGCAGCGGUCUCAUUAAUAGCAUAGGUGCAUAAACUAUACAGCUGGAAUCAUAUUCAUACAGGACGUAACAGUUUUGGAUCUCGCUAAGUUUUCUCGGCUGACAUCAGAGUAGCUAAGGCACAUUCAGAGAUGAAAUUCAUGCAAACAACGUCUCAGCAUUUCACAAUUUUUGUCUGUGCUUGACUGAGAAAGAGAUUAAAGGUACAAUGCUUUCAUACCUCAUCAUUUCACGCUAGAUAUGCUUUGUUUUUCUGCAGCUUGCCUUUGUUGUGCUCUGAAAUAUUUCCAUGUUGUGCUGGAGGUCUUUGUGGAUUGAUCACUAUUCGAUCAGGUUUUGUGACUUACAGAUCUAAUCAGUUAGUGGUCCGCUAUCAUUUUUUGCGUAUGCGUGUGUUCAACCAGCAGAUGUUAUGGCGGGAUUAAUACGAUAAUUUGUUGCGUUUAUAUAGCGGAACGAUUUACCAACGAGCCGUUGCAGAAUGUUCUUAACAACUCCUUUCCGGAUAAAGACAAUUAAUUUUAUACAUUUCCAUCGACCCAAUGUCACUCGAAGAUGUAAUUAGCACCCUAUCCUAUGACCCUAAACCAAAGCUCAAAUCAAAGAUGUAAACUUUCCAGAUUGCCGAUUUGGACAUGCACGGUCUGAUUAUUUGCAGAAGAGAGUCAAUUGUUGCCAUAGCGAGCAAAGUCUACAAAGAGGGAAAAUAGCCGUGAGGCGCUAACCAAUAAAAGAGUCGUUUGUGGCGAGAGGAUAAAGUAUCUGAUUUGCUGACAUCAUACAUACUUUUGUAUCCCCCUUCCCAACCCAACAGUUUCUAGGGUCCCAAAUAGGGGUAUAAUGGCUUACAGCUUACAAUUGAAUAAGAAUUUAAUAGAGUCAUUGGGAGAAGAGAUUAAAAAAAGGCUGUGAAGCUGGACUAUAAGUCUUGAUUGUUGCUGAGAAUAGAAAAAGCAGAGUUAGAAAUAUCGAACGAGUGAAUUAUAACAAGAAUAAAGUAAAUAUAUAUUGUGUAGUCAAUUGGUGGCAUCUUUUUUUCUGGAUCUGGAGGAUGUGUAGGACGUCCUGAUGCUUUAUGACCACAGUUGCUUGUUUCUGAAGUGAGAAGAUUCUAAGAGACAUAAAGAAGCUCAGUGAGCAGUUUGAUAAAGUUUCUAUGAAUUUGUAUGGGCUAUCAGGUGAGUAGGUAAAAAUAAAAAAUAUACGCCUUUAAAUAUCAUUAUAAUUUUUGUCCAUUUUUACACCCCUCCCAAAAAUUCUCAUCAGUGCACAAAUAUAUUUUACGGUAAUAAUAAAUACCAAUAAGAGUACAGGGGUUGCAAAAACCCUCAAAAGCUACACAUCUAUAUAUAAUACACAGUAAUAAGGAUUCAUAGGGAACUGUCAUAAACAUGCACUCUUAUUUUGGGUUAUUUCAACCCAUCGUUGGGUCAAAAAUGGACGAAACCAAUUGUUGGGUUAAAUAAACCCAAAGAAUGUUUAUAUUUGACCCAGCAAUGAGAUAAACAACCCAGCAUUUGGGUUAAAAGAACCCAGCAUAGGUUAUUUACAACCUAGCGGUUGGGUUUGUCAAUUUUUGAGCCAAUGCUGGGUUGUUUUUAAGAGGGCAAAUUUAUUCUACAAAAAAUAAAAACAGACUUGUUCGUUUUGAUGGUAGCUGUAAAUUAGAUUUCCUGCAAACACCAAUUCAGAUUCCCACCCAAUCCAGAUUCUAUCGAACAGCUGCAACAGGCUCAAAUCUUUUUUUUAUCAAUUACAUCGUGUCAUUUACUGUAAAGCAACUAAGCAAAAGAGGCACAAUAGUGAGUGAGUGAGUGAAUGUGUGUGUGUGUGGUUGGAUGUGACAGCAGCUCAAGUAAUAUUACUCAACUACAAUGGACUGCAGGCUAAUAUUGUUCAUACUAGCCAGUGAGCUUGUGUGAAGCAAUUGUGACAACUGGCGCUUAAAUUCAUGCUGCUAUUAGUGUUAGCCGGCUCUUCUUCAGGCGAUGCUAACAAUGUGUCGAGAAACUCUGUUCUAAGUUGUGCUCUGUUGUUUGUGGUGAUUCACUUUUGAAUGUUUGUUUAUGUUGAUUAGAGGAAACUAUUAGAACAUAGACGUACAGUAUAUGAGGUGUGUCUGGAGCUCUUUUGUUUUGUCUUUUGGAUUAAUGGACCGAAAUUAUGAUUGUAUAGUUUGCUUUUCAGUCCCUCAGGAUUCUACACCAACAUAUUUCUUGACAUUUGUGCUGGUUGUAUCCACACAAGCCAUACUGAGAAGGACAUCUAUAAGGGGCUUGGCAGCAAUUGAUGAAAACCAGCUUUAUGUUAGGAGUGAGAUAACGUGUAUAUACACUCCAUCUGGGGUCAACUCAUUUCAUUGACAAUGUUUUUUGGUUUAAAGAUGUGUAUUUAUAUCCCACUUGUGUACAUUUACUCACCUGAUUUUAAGAGGUACACACUGUUCUGAGAAUGUCCUCGAGGCCAAAUAUUCAAUUUGAUUUACAUUUGUAGUCAAAUAAGAAAGGCACUUUUCAACCAAUCAAGUCAGUCAAUUUGUUCUGACAAAUAUAAUUUAUAAAAUAACUAAUUUAAGCAAUUUUUCUAUUUCGCCCCCCUUUUUAUCUCCCUCUAAAAAUAUCUUUUGCACAAUUUAGGGUGUAUUAUAAGAGCAAUCUUUGUGUUUCUGCCACUUUAUGAAAUUUUAUUCUGAUUUUAAUGUCCCCUUUAUGACAUGUUUGGACAAAAUCAACCUUUUCCAGAACAUUUUCUCGUUUAAAUGUUGGUAAUGAAAUGGCAAUUGAACCGGACUAUUUAUUUUACAUCCGCACUACUUACACAGUGUUGUUUUACUGAGGACCUGGAGUGGGACAAACAGUCCGAACAUGCCGCCCAUGGGUCCACCUUUGAUUGUCGUCGACCCUGUAAUGUACUUUUAUUUAUACCGCGUGUAGAGUACGAUGUGUUGAAUCUGAUAUGUCACAGAUUCCUUAUCUAGCUUUCCUGUUUCAUAAUUAUUUUAAUCAAAACUGUAGAUAUGACAAUGAACACAGCCAUAUUAGCACAUUGGCACCGACAAUAAUGUUGUAAUGUUGUAGAUAUUUUGAGUUAUGAGUGGAUAGUGGAGUAACCGUAUGUGGGAUCAGGGAUUGCAUAAAUUGUCACCCCAACCUUAAGAAAAUUUGAAUAUUUUUCAAUCGUAAUGAAAACCAGAAGUUUUUUAUCUUAUUAUAUAUAGACAAAAUAAUGUGAAUUGCAUUUCUUUAUUCUUUCUGUUUGUCAGUGUGUUUUGCUCGCUCAUAACCCAUUGGUAGACAGUGGGACCAAACAAAUAUCUGAAUCAAAACGUUAUGAUUCCUCUUUCACAGGGUUCAGUUAAGGGCUGUAAAAUGAGUUAGUGAUUUAUAGUCCAUGAGGUCAGUAGUGAUUUCUUCAUGAAAAAUGGCUCAGCUUAUUGUGGCAUUCUGUUUUUGACUCAAACCUAUGAUUUAUUUUUUCCUUAAAAGUCUGUGAUGAGUUUAUGAAGCUUUGUUUUGUCCGAGUCAAAGAUGACGGUCAAUAAACUUUGCAGAUGCAUUUCA